UGCCCUCGACUGAGUGUGAUGGCGUUGGAAUGCGAAAAUAGCGCGUCUAGUUAAUGGAAGCUUGGCGUUAUACGGCGUUAAACGCGCACUUUUCCAAUCUUCAACAGAAGCUGUUGUCGACAAUGCAACCUGCCAAGGAUAAAAACUCAGAUACUAUGGAACCAAUGGAGGCUGACCUCUACAACAACAAUGUAACCAAUUCAAAUUCUGUUCGUAAAAGAAAAGCAACAGAUGGACAGCAAAGUGAUGUUUUAGUGGAGAAAGGUGUAAAAUUUGACAGGCCCUGUGUAUGGGCAAAUGGCUCUUGUCUGAAAUUAGAUGUGUACACCCAGACAGAUUCUUCAUUUGUGUCAGACAACUACACAAAAUCUCUGUCUUUUGUCAGUGAAAUGGUCCAAGCCAACAGUAAAAGGCUGGAAAAUAUUGAAAAGUUCCUGGAGGCCUUAGACUGUAAGAUUGAAAGUUUUCUGUCUGGUGAAUCAACACGAGAAACACCAAGAAAGAAGGGCCACGUUCAAGACUCGUUUAGAAAGACGGAGAUGAAAGUACGAGAGCCUCCAAUACCUGAGGGAGACAGUGAUAUGUCUGUGCUCACAGACAGGAGCAGUUCACUUACCACUGCAGUAGGGAACCCCAGGGACACCAGUAUGUCAAGUCCCGCGGACAGCACCAAGUCACCCGGCAUGUGCUUGUCUCCUGGUGUGAGCUCAAAUCAUGCAAGCUCCCCGGUCACAACUCACUCAUUCGUUGCAUGGAAUCAAGGUUACCAUCAAGGCUUCGAUACCAUGGCAAAGCAAAUCCCACAGGAAGGGCGGACACCAAUCGUAAGGCAAGGGGCUGAAUCAGUGGCAAGGCCUGUCAUCAUGGCGACAAAACCGGUACCAGUCUCCAGGGAGACAGAAGCAGAUCAUUCAUUAGGUGACGAGGAAGGGCUGGUGCCAGUCAUAGUGUCACUUGGAGAUAAUCCACCCUCUCAUAGAGACAAAAAAUGUGUGUCAACGGAAGUGCCUCUAAAAGAUAUCAUAAACGGUGCUCCGUGCGCUAUGGAAGGUCUGGAAAACAUAUCGUAUUCUCGCGGCUGUUGGCUUGGAGACAGGAGCAACCCUCAGUCUCGUGUGUGGUACUGUGGCAAUCCCAAGAUUCUAGGACGCGCCGAGGCUUCAGGAUCAAAUCCCGCCAAACUGUCUCUCAAUUUGCUGGAGGCGUUUUUUGUUCGGGACGAGAUGGCUGCGUCAAAUAUCAACGGAGCACGUGGCAGAGAGUUGCUAGAUCCAAUAAAAAUAAAGGGAAUUCAAGCUCACGUAAACUACAAGUUUCCAAUUAGCGCCGAGAAAGAAGAGCUGCGAUGGCAGUUUCUGAAGCCAAGGAUUGAUAGCAAAUGCCGUGCACAGCGCCGUUUACAGCGAGAAGAACAAUUGAAACGUAUGAAUAUGCCCCGUGUGGUUACCGCCGAGCGGACUGCCCGUUCCCGUGUACCCCGGCUUGAUCCCAAGGAAAAAGACCAGUUGCUGUACGGCUACAACAGAAACAUACCGAAUCUCGGGCUCGGUACACCUCGGGCGCAAGUUGCCGCUUUGGAUGAUCAAGGGACUGGAGUGGAUGUUGGUAAUAGCCAAUUGAGUGGUGAGAAUGGUUUCAGCCAGUUACAAGCCAAUGAAGCAAUCGUGGAAAUUUCUGGAAUCCCUGUGACAGUUAAUGAAUUGAACCGAUAAGUGGAGUACAGCCUCAGCUGAAAUUUCUGGGUUUCUCACAUCUGUAGUGAAGUGAACGGACCAAAGGGGGUUUUGUUUUAGAAGAGCCCGCGAAAUUUACAUCUUGAAGGAACCGGUUACGAAGCCUUUGGCGGUAAAAUUUGAUCAAGUUAGUAGAAUUUUUGUUACAAAUCCCUCUCGUUUUGAGAAGGAAAAUGGAGUUUGCAACAAGAAAAGAAAUAUUAAAAGAGAUAAUCUUUACCAAGCUAAGGGAUUGAUAUGUAUCGUAACAAAAUUAGCGAAACUCAACCACGCCAUUUUUCUAUUCGUAGCCGUAAAUUUUAUAAAGAGAUCGCCACAUGUAUAUUUGUAAUAAUUAGAAAUACGUGUAACACCAAUUUUUUUUAUUAUUAUUAAAGUAACCUGCAAAACAGGUGUAAUUUUUCUGAGGCAAGUGCGAGGCACGUGCGAGGGGAGAAGCCCAAAAAAGAUGUAAUCGAAGUACCCAGCCCCUCUCUUCCAUGUUACCUCAAGACCAACAAAAUGGCGGAAGUGGUUGUCUGACGUCACCAUCAGGGAUUCCUUAGACACGAUAAGAAAAUUAAUGAGCUUUAUAAACUCCUCAUUAACAAACCUAACUUCCAUUAUUAUACUUUAGAAACAAGCAAAGUCAUUGGAAGGUGAACAUUCAGUUGUACAACACAAUAAAAGGAAAGUUGAUUUUCGAAAGCACAUAAUUGUUGGUGCGUUUUUAAAAUAGUUUUCCUUCCGGCAUGUGUUAGAGGCCUUAAGGAAGUGAUUCAUGAAAGCAAUGUUACGUUUCUCAAUAGAGCACGUUUAGAAAGGCAAGAAACCGAAAAAAAA